UAAUAAAUGUUAAGUAUCGCAUUUAUAGCCAUUAAGCUCACGGAAAAGACACAAGAGGUCUGUGCAGAACAUAGGCUAAAUUUUUGGUGAGAGAUUUCAAGAAACAGCCGAAGCCCGACUUAAGCCGUGGGGUCACGAUAAGCCCCUGAAUUUCAAUUCCACUUGACACUCCUCUUACUUUGGUGGCAAACGCUGUGAAGUAUUGUUCGACGGAAUUGGAAUCCUUUGGGAAUCAUACAACCAGGUGCAUGGUGAAGCAAAUCCUCACACUUUUACUUGUGGCUGUCUUUUUGUCACCUCGUUUAUCAGCGUCUGUCACGGAAAUGUGUGUCACGCCAAUCUGUCGUUGCACAUCUCAUCCUAGUUACAACGUGACAGUCAUUUGCCAUACAAAUGACGUAAAAUACGACUUAAGCCAUUCCAUAAAGAAGUCAGGAGAAAUCGUAGCUCUAUCAGUCAUAGAUGAAAAUGCCACCAAUAUACCAGAAGGUACAUUUGCCAAGUUCACAAAGUUGAAAUACUUGGAACUCAAAUUCAAGAACCUGAAGACCUGGAAUGGGAAUAUUUCUCAGGAGUUACCUUCUCUCGAAGCGAUUUCCUUGGUGACUAUGAGCGUCUUUGCUCCUCCUAUACACGUUCUAAAGGCGCCAAAGCUUCAACGCAUCUCUGGUGCAACUUGGAGCAACGCUUGCACCAACAGGACACUUGUAAAGAAUCAAACUCACAUAAACGUAACGCGUUUUCAAAAAGGAUUGUACGACAUUUAUCCAAAGUCCUUCUGUCGUGGUUCACGCUACGUCGUCGAGUCAAUAUCUCGCCUAUUUGCCAAGUAUGGUUUUAUAAUUAUUUUCGAUGAAAAAUGCUUCGCCUCAGAGGUGACGGUAAUUCCAAUGCACCGAUGCUGGGACAGCGCUAAUGAAGCUCUAUAUGUAGAAUACUUGUUAACUCCAUUAAUAAUAAUCCUCAACUUGACCGUGUUUUUUACUAUGGCUACCACGAAAACACUCAGAAAACUACCUUGUAUGUUGUUAGUCGCAAAUUUAGCCAUGAGUGAUUUUUUCCUAGGAGUCUAUUCCCUUGUUAUCACGUCAUCACGUCACGCAUUAACGUAUCAACCCUUCGUUGGUGUGAUGAGCUCUCUCUGUCCCGCUCUUGGUUUUGUGUGGGUUGUCGGGCAAUUCGGAGUGGCUCUGUCUUCAUUGCUGCUGACUACUGAACGAUACAUAGCAAUUAUCUUCUCUAUGAGACCAAGUAUCUCUGUCACAACAAAGUUAUGCCUCUAUUGCAUGGGUACCUCAUGGACAAUAGCUGUAUUUAUGGCAUCCCUACCAUUCUUCGGUGUGGGUACGUACACCACGACUACAUUCUGCCUUCCAAUUCAGCCUGCGAAGGGAAUCCCUCAUUCGUUUGCAUACAGCAUUAGUGUCGUCGCAAAUGGAUUCCUGUUGUACAUCAUUACAAUUCCUAUGUAUCUCCAUAUUUUUGUUCAUGUGAGGAAGUCAGGGAACCGAAUGGGUGUAAAGCGAGAUGGAAAACUGGCCAAAAAGAUUUCAAUCUUGGUCGUCAGCAAUUUUAUAUUUUUUCUUGUUCCAGUGUUUAUUGGCGUGUUGUGGUUGAUGACCCAAACCUUCAACAACGUUUCCUUAACGACCAGAGAAAUUUUAGUCGGUUCAUUAACAACUGUUUGUUUUAGCAUCAACUCCUUUUUAAACCCUCUUCUCUAUGCAUUUAGGGACAGAAGGUUUCGAGUCACAUUAAAACAUAGAUUGCAUCGUCUUAUUCAUCCAAACACCACUUUUGUUCAACAAGUCAGCUACAGAUCUGCGGCCGAUACAAGAUCUUAUGCCGGAAACAAUAUGAAACUUCAAUAGGAAAAAACGAUGGAAAUAAACGUAUUAGUGAUAAAUUGUAGUAGAUGCCAAAACACAUCUUUAAGCGGCAAGUACUAGAUAAUUCAGCGGCUGGAAAUUGAACUUGUAGGCACCAGCCUUUGAGAAAAAAAUUAGUUUAAAGAGGUAUGCUACAAAAAGAAAAGCCUCAAAACCAUGAAAUAUUUAUCUCUGCUAUUAACCUACUACUUACCGAGUUUUAAAAUUUCAAACGGUAACCCAGCGUUUCGAAACUGUCUUCAAAUAGGCUGAAAAUAUGAGUCUAGAUCCGCCACUUUUAAAGACAACUUAGUAAUCUAGCCCAACAGUCGCAGAACAUCGUGAGUCACAACUUGAUGUUGAAAAUAGCUUCUGCUUUGGUUAAAGCAAACAAUUACAACAUCAAAAUUAAUUGAGUCAUGGGUGUCUUUUCUUUUAUAUGUCAAACCAUCUAAUAAGGUAUAUUUAUUGGUUUUCGCUUUGCCCUUUCAAAGGAAAGACGCUCAACAUCUCAGCUCUUCAAAACCCGCUAAACAUUUCUAUUGAUCAUCAUUUCCCACUCAAUGAUGACAAUCUUUCCAAAUUUCUUUAGUAGGCAUCAUUUACCUCAGUGUAUAAAUAUACGAUCCCAGAUUUGUUGUAUUCAUUAUCGUUAACGGCUGUACAGCAACUAUUUGCACAAGUAGGAAUUUGGUGAUUCGUUGGAUAUAAUAGCGCCAAACAAAAUCUAUGCCUGGUUAGCUCAUGUUGUAGAGUGCCGGACUGCUGUGCUGGAGGUCGAGAGUACACGCCAAAGGGUCUUAAUAUAAUUUAGGAGAAUGUACUGCCUUUGUUAUGACAUCUGCAAAUGGUUAGACAUUCUAGCCUUCUCGGAUGAGGACGAAAAAAUCAUAGGCCCCGUUUCCUGCAUCUUGUUAGAACUGAUUAACAGGGGAAGUAGAGGAACCCACACAAUUAUUGCAAGGAGUAGGGAACAUAGCUCCUGAAGUUUUGUCUGACCUUGAUUGUGAAAUUUGGGGCAUCUGCGAAAAUUCCCUGCUCAAUACAGUCUGGCCAAAGUCCCCCGCAAAGUGUUGUAAAUUAGCUCAGAAUACCUCUGUAGGAGCAGAGUUAAUAAAGCUACAACAUUAUUUUACUUGCUGAAUGAUACGCACCAUUCUUCUAUCUUAUCUCCUAUCCGAACAGAUGCCUUACCACACUGCAUUAAGUGUUUAAACAUGGUCUCAAUACAGCUGCUUGACUUUUUCCCGUUCAGUUUCGUUGAGGAGUUUUUCAAAGUGUCGCAUCUUGCUCAACAAGACAUGUACUCACACAGAACGUCCACAUAGGAAGUAUGAAAAUUGAGGAAAGUUAGUUAAAUUGUCUGAACACAUUAUAUGAAAAAACAUUGAAGAAAGUUAAUUAAAUUGUUUAAACACAUUACAUGAAU